AUGCUGAUGUUUAGCUCGCUCAGGGCGAGUUUGGCCUUGACCGGGGCCGGCUUCCAGUCACAACUGAGGCUGCUGUCCAGGACAGCGGUUGCCAGACAGACAGCCGGCGAUGCAGAGGCCAAGCCUAGUGUGCAGGUCAGCCCCUCGCUUCUGAAGAUCGUGCCCGACACCUCGGAUAUAGUGCUACUGGAGAAGCAGGAUGAGCUGAUCCAGCGGCGGCGCAAACUGUCGAAAGAGAUCACCAAGAUGCGGAAGCUGAAGCCGGUGUCGCCGGGGUUGAGAUGGUUCCGCGCGCCGAUCUAUCCACACCUGCACAAGGGCAAGCCCGAGCGGAGUCUCACGGUGGCGCUGAAGGCCAAGGGCGGUAGAAACCACAGCGGUAAGAUCACGGUCAGACAUAGGGGCGGUGGCCACAAACGGAGAAUUCGGAUUGUGGACAUGCUGCGCUGGGAGAACGGCGACCAGACUGUGCAGCGCAUUGAGUACGAUCCUGGGAGAACGGCGCACAUUGCAUUGAUCAAGCACAACGAGACGGGCAAGCUGAGCUACAUUCUCGCGUGCGACGGCCUGCGGGCUGGCGACACUGUUGCAUCAUACCGGAAAGGUGUACCGGAAUCUAUGAAGACCGAGAUGGGCGGUGUGGUGGAUCCUGCCAUUUUAUCUGUGCGUACCGCUCAGCGAGGCAACUGUCUGCCCAUAUCGAUGAUCCCGGUCGGUUCCAUAAUACACAAUGUUGGCAUCACACCAGUGGGCCCUGGCAAGUUUUGUCGCUCUGCGGGCACGUACGCGCGUGUUAUGAGCAAGAUUGUCGAGCAGAAGAGGGCAGUUAUCCGUCUGCAGAGUGGCGAGCACAGAUACGUUUCGCUGGAGGCCUGUGCGACGCUGGGUGUUGUAUCUAAUAUCGACCACCAGAACGCCUCGCUUGGUAAGGCCGGUAGAUCCAGAUGGAGGGGCAUCCGGCCUGGUGUGAGAGGUGUCGCUAUGAAUAAGUGCGACCAUCCACACGGAGGUGGUAGAGGUAAAUCGAAGUCCAACAAGCUAUCCAUGUCUCCAUGGGGUACGCUUGCCAAGGGCUACAAAACCCGGCGCGGCAAACGUGUCAACAAAAUGAAGGUCAAAGACAGGCCGAGAGGCAAGUCUAGCCGCUCGAGAACGUAA